AUGGCUCAGAACUUGCAAGUCAAACGCAAGCGGACGAGGACGCUAGACGCGACGCCCCGCGUGGGCACGGUGCGGUCAGUACCGCAGGGCAUGUUUCUCGACAACGAGGCCGAUCCCAUCAUUGGCGAUAUGAUCGCAAGACAGUCGGCGCUGCUGCAGGGCAACCUGAUCGAUUCGCACUUCGCGACCGGAUCGUCGACUGCGGAGGGCUCUAUGGUGGCCGGCAACGAGAACACGCUCCACGACCAAACUGCCCCCAACGACGACACGGGCAACGACCUCUUCAACCGCGGCCACCACCACCACCACCACCACCACAACAACAACAACAACAACAGCACUACUUUCCAUCCCAUCGAGGACGACGAUCUGAUCUUUGUCAAGGAACAGCCUGUCCAGGCUCCUCCGUUGUUUUUGGAUCCUCAUGCUGAGCACCACUACACCAGCAAGAAGUUCAAGAAACAGAGGACGAUCUCGCUCCCGCAAUUACCGCACGCCAAACUCCUAUACGAAGCGGCCCAACAUCGCGCCUUGCCGCGGCGUCAGAACGACGAUGAUCUGAUCCACUUGAGCGGCUCCUCCACCAAAACCAUUGACGGCAACCGUGCCGUGACUCUAAAUGUGGUGAAAAGCGUCUCUCCGCUCAGUACCCAUGAACACGCAUCCCCGGUCUUCAAACGCAUGGCGACUGCACCUAAAAUCUCCAAGCUCGUCUCUGCGGGCAAAAAGAAAAUCGGAAAACGCGAGUACUUUCAGACCGAUAAAGAAGGACACUACGUUUACCGCGAGGACGACAUUUUUUGUAAUGGCAGGUUCAUCGUCAAGGAGCUACUAGGGCAAGGCACGUUCGGGAAAGUGGUACAAUGCAUCGAUAACGCCCCAUUUACCGCUAUCCCUCCAAACCGAGAGCACCAGUUCGCUGGCUUUGAGGACCCAUUUACCGAAUCUUUUGACGGAUCCCAAAUUGAUAUGGACUAUCCCACCCCUCACCAGUCACACGUUCAAAAUACCCCUAAAAUGGUUGCUGUCAAAAUCAUUCGCGCCGUCGAUAGAUACCGCGAAGCUGCCAAGACCGAACUACGAGUUUUGAAAGCUAUCUUGGACAACGACCCCAUCGGCCAAUACCAGUGUUUGCUGUUGCGGGAAUGUUUUGACUACAAAAAUCAUAUAUGUUUGGUAACCGAUUUGUUUGGGAAGUCCGUGUACGAUUUCAUGUGCAAUAACGGGUGUUCACGGUUCCCUGGCUCCCACGUACAGGCCGUUUCGAAACAGUUAAUCCGCUCUGUCUGUUUUUUACAUGAUUUGGGAAUCGUACAUACCGACUUGAAACCCGAAAACAUACUGCUCUGCGAUGAAACUUACGUUGGAAAACCAUUGUCCCAAGAUCAAUUCUCGACAUUAAGUCCGCGGCGUAAAAGUGCCUGUAACGGUGAACGGAAAUUCUUGACUAAUCCAGAAGUGAAACUAAUAGAUUUUGGCAGUGCCGUGUUUUAUAACGAGUUCCAUCCAGCUGUUAUAUCAACCCGUCAUUAUCGGGCCCCGGAGAUUGUUUUGGGGCUCGGUUGGUCAUUUCCUUGUGACAUUUGGUCAAUUGGUUGUGUAUUGGUAGAGUUGGUUACAGGCGAAUCGCUGUAUCCAAUACACGAAAACUUGGAACAUAUGGCAAUGAUGCAACGGUUCAAUGGGAAGCCUUUUCCACCCAAAAUUGUUGAAAACAUGUUCUAUAAAUCUGAUCGUAAGUUGGGAAACUUGUCCCCAGACUUACACGCAACGGUGGUGAAGCAUUUCGAUCGUGAUACUCUGUCACUUCAAUGGCCAGAGAGAAAUGUAAAGGGAGACAUAGUAACAAAGGAAAGAUCCAUGAAAAGAAUUAUGAAUAGCUGCGAUCGGCUGGACAAGUAUGUGAUGCAAAAAAUACGACAGGACUACGGGGAUUGGUUGAUCAUAAACUGGGAUAUGAGUUCUGAGGAUAAUUGGGCUAUUUUGGAAUCGAAAUUUGACGAGCAAGCUCUGGAUAGGGAGGUAUUCUUGUUUUGGUAUUGGUUCCUUGACUUGUGCAAGAAGAUGUUUGAGUUCGAUCCUACCAAACGGAUAACCGCCCGAGAGGCAAUUAGCCACGAAUGGUUCAACUAUGGUAUCUUGGAUGAGGGCAUUGCAAGUUUCGGUAAAGUUUAA